GUGCAAGCAGUAAAAUAACAAAGGCCAGUAUCUAGGCAGGUCUCCUCGGAACCAAUACAUAUCUCCUGCUCUUUCUCAGAUAGAUUCAGGUGAACUAAACAAUAUUUUGAACUAAAACUAAUCACUGUCUCUUGAAGCAGCAACAUGGCACAAGCUGCAAGUUGUCUGGAUCAGGACCAGUUGAACUGUACAAUCUGUCUGGAUCAACUGAAAGAACCAGUGACGAUUGCCUGUGGACACAAUUUCUGCAUGGGCUGUAUUAAGGGCUAUUGGGAUCAGGAUGAUCAUACUGGUGUCUACAGCUGUCCCCAGUGCAGAGAGAUCUUCACCCCGAGGCCUGUUUUGAGAAAAAACACCAUGCUGGCUGAAGUGAUGGAUAAAAUGAAGAAGACAGCACUCCAAGCUUCUCGCUGUUAUACUGGACCUGGGGACAUGGUGUGUAAUUCCUGCACUGGGAGAAAACGCAAAACUGUGAACUCCUGUGUGGCAUGUCUGUCCUCUUACUGUGAAAGUCGCCUGAAACUUCAUGAUGAACUCCACCCAGGAAAGAGACACAAGCUGAUCGAUGCCUCUGGAAACCUGCAGGAGAAGAUCUGCUCUCAUCAUGACAAACUGCUGGAGGUUUACUGUCGUACUGAUCAGCAGGGUAUCUGUCAUCUGUGUACGAUGGAUGAACACAGCGGGCAUGAUACAGUCUCAGCUGCCGCAGAGAGGACUGAGAAACAGACACAGCUGGGGGCGACACAGCGUAAAUUCCAGCAGAGAAUCCAGGAGAGAGAGAAGGAGCUGCAGGAUCUGAGACAGGCUGUGCAGUCACUCAAGCGCUCUGCACAGGCAGCAGUGGAGGACAGUGAGAGGAUCUUUACUGAGCUGAUCCGCUUCAUAGAAAGAAGGCGCUCUGAGGUGAAAGAUCUGAUCAGUGAUCAGGAGAAGGCUGAGGUGAGUCGGGCUGAAGGACUCCUGGAGCAACUGGAGCAGGAGAUUGCUGAGCUGAGGAGGAGAGAUGCUGAGCUGGAGCAGCUUUCACACACAGAGGAUCACAUCCAUUUUCUCCAGAGCUGUCAGUCUCUCUGUGCCCCUCCUGGACCUGGACACUUUCCCAGCAUCACUGUCAGUCCACACAUCUCUUUUGAGGCUGUGAGGAAAUCUUUCUCUGAACUAAAAGAGCAACUGGAGGACUUCUGCAAGGUGGAACUGAAAAAAAUCACCGACUCUGUCCCUGCAGUGGUAGAAAUCCAUGCUGCCGAGCCCCAAACCAGGGAGGAGUUCUUAAAGUAUUCCUGUCAACUCACUCUGGACCCCGAUACAGCACAUCAAUGCCUCCGUCUGUCUGAGGGGAACAGAAAGGUGACCUGUGUGAAAAAGAGGCAGCCAUAUCCUGAUCAUCCAGAGAGAUUUGAAUGCUGGUCCCAAGUGCUGUGCAGAGAGGGUCUGUCUGGACGCUGUUACUGGGAGGCUGAGUGGAGUGGGGAUGGGGUUUAUAUAGCCGUGUCAUAUAAAGAGAUCAGCAGGAAAGGGCGGGGUUAUGACUGUGGUCUGGGAUUUAAUAACAAGUCCUGGAGUUUGCGCCGCUCUUACGGCGGUUACUUUUUCAUGCACAAUGCUGAGGAAACUGAAAUCCCUGGUCCCCCCUCCUCCAGAGUAGGAGUGUAUCUGGAUCACAGGGCAGGAACUCUGUCCUUCUACAGCGUCUCUGACACAAUGACCCUCCGGCGCAGAGUCCAGACCACAUUCACUCAGCCCCUCUAUCCUGGGUUUAACAUUUCUUUUGACAAAUCCUCAUGGAUAAAACUGUGUGAUCUGGGAUGAGAGAGAGGGAGAAAUCAGCUGUAAUCAGAGAAAAACGCUGCAGUGAGAUGGAGUAAAGAGUUUUUUAAAAAACACAAAAGGAGAAACCUGAGGGUCUGAUGAGGGCGUCAGUAAAGGCGCUCACCGUGUGCUCAAUUUCACACCUCUACUCUGUGCUAAUUGUUUAAGUACAUGACCUAAACAAUGCAUUUUUCUUUAAAUGAUUUAAAUGACUGAAUAUUUUAUUGUCUUUUUGCACACUGUGUGUCCUCAUGCUUAGCUUUGUAUGCAAAAUGUGGGGUUUCUAGCUUAUUGUUUAGAUAUAUUACGCCUUAUUAAGUAGUUUCAGCCACCAGCAGGGCUUUGGGGCAGGGCAGU